GGUCAUCCAAGAUGGCCGCGUCCCUGCGUGCCCGUAAACAUGUCCGCUGUGUUGUGCGUUUCUCCGACCGUGAACUGUAAAACUGCUCAUUUUCAUCACUUGCGGAGAAACCCGGAAGACAAAGUAGGCGAGCCGUCAUGGCUGAAGAAAAUGCAGAUGUUGGUGGUAUGAUAGAGGGUGAAGAAGAUGAAAGUUCAGAUGAUCCAAACCUCCAUGUUGAGCUCAAUGUUUUUAGAGCUCAGUGGAUCUCUGAACUGAAACCAUGCUCUGAAGCAACUGGGAUGAGCAAAGCAGCCCGUCGAGCUGCGGACCUCAAAAGGACACAAGAUCUGGCGAGGGAGGAAAAGGCCAGAGAGCUGUUUCUGAGAGCUGUAGAGGAGGAGCAGAAUGGAGCUGUCUAUGAGGCAAUCAAAUACUAUCGCAGGGCAAUGCAGCUUGUGCCUGACAUCGAGUUUAGGAUAAACUACAGCCGCCCGUCUGACCCUGAUGGCGUUGGCAUGGCAGAAAAUGAUGCCGAUGGGGAGAUUGAGGAUCUGCUCUCCUACUUCCAGCAACAGCUCGCUGUAGAAGAGCCCUCUUCCAAGAUCUGUAUUCCUGACUUGGCGAUGACUCAGAUGCACAUCUCAGCCUUACCACCAGAGGUGCUGAUGUACAUAUUUCGCUGGGUUGUGUCCAGUGAUUUGGAUAUGCGUGCCCUGGAGCAGCUCUCCUUAGUCUGCCGUGGUUUUUACAUACGUGCAAGGGACCCAGAGAUUUGGCGCUCGGCCUGUUUAAGAGUGUGGGGACGGAGCUGUACCAAACUUGGACCCUUCAAGUCCUGGAGAGAGAUGUUCCUAGAGCGGCCUCGCAUGCGUUUCGAUGGUGUCUACAUCAGCAAGACAUCAUACAUUCGUCAAGGGGAGGAAUCGCUCGACGGAUUUUACAGGGCCUGGCACCAGGUUGAAUACUACAGGUACCUCCGUUUCUUCCCCGAUGGCCAGGUGAUGAUGCUGACCACACCUGAGGACCCACUGUCCGUUGUUCCUCGCUUGUCUAGCAGGAAUACCAAAUUGGAUUCUGUUCUGUAUGGUCAUUACCGUCUGUCACAGGAGACGGACAAUCAAACCAAAGUUUUUAUUGUCUGCAAGAGAAAAGAGGAGAAGGUGGCAGAGUUUCAAAGGAACAGGUUCUGCAGGCGGAACCAAGCGCCGGAGGCCGACCACAGCUUUCAUGUGGGACUGCAGUUGACCUGUGGGGGUCGUCAGCGCUUCAAUAAGCUGGUGUGGAUCCACCAUUCCUGCCACAUCACCUACAGGCUGACUGGAGAAAGUGUCGUCACGGCGUUUGACCUGGACAAGAUGUAUAAUCCCUUUUUCUUUGCACGGGUGAAGAGCUACAACGCUUUCUCCGAGCACCCGCUGUAGGCAGCCGAGACGCAUCCUUGACCCCACCGAGCUCUGAAGGUCGUGCAGCAGUUUACAUAACACCUUCAAAGAUGCACACUCGUCUGUCUGUUAGACUUGUUCUGUAAACGAGCUCAGUUUUCUUUUCUAAACGAAUGAGUUUUAGUUUUUAUUUCCUACAUUGUUUUGGUGUUGAUCACACGAGCAUGUUACAUGUCAGGUUUACAACAUCAAGUAUCACAUAUUUCUGAUUUUCAUAAACUGGACACAGUAGUGUGCUAAGAGAACGGAGUGAUUCACCUGUUCCCAGCAGAGGCCGGUUCCAAACUUAUUCCUCGGUGCAGUUUCCUUGUCACAUUAAAAGUGGUGAACACGA